AACCAAACUCAUCAAGGGCUUGAGCAAUCAAAAGAGAUUGUUCUCCACAACUGUUGCCAACAGAAGUGCUGUUGAAGACGACGAACCAAAGUUCUUGGAACAAGUUGAAAUGUACUUUGACAAGGCUGCCAACUCUACUCUCCACGAACCUGGUCUUUUGCAAUUCAUCAAGGAAGUUGAUAGUGUUUAUGAAUUCAUCAUCCCACACGAAAGAAUUGAUAAGAACGGUAAGAAGGUCGUUCAAACUAUCCGUGCCUACAGAGCUCAACACUCUCACCACAGACUCCCAACCAAGGGUGGUAUUCGUUACGAUACCAUGGUCAAUAGAAAUGAAGUUAUGGCUUUGGCUUCAUUGAUGACUUUCAAGUGUGCUUGUGUUGAUGUUCCAUUCGGUGGUGCCAAGGGUGGUAUUUGUAUUGAUCCUGCUGCUCACACUGUUGAAGAAAUUGAAAGAGUUACUCGUAGAUUCGCUGCUGAAUUGAUCCAACGUGGUGUUAUUGGUCCAGCUAUCGAUGUUCCAGCUCCUGAUUAUGGUACUGGUCCAAGAGAAAUGUCUUGGAUUGCUCACACUUAUCAAACUUUCCAUCCAAAUGAUAUCAAUGCUUUCGGUGUUGUCACUGGUAAGCCAGUUUCUCAAAACGGUAUUCGUGGUAGAGCUGAAGCUACUGGUUUGGGUGUUUUCUACUCUGUCAGAGAAGCUUGUGCUGAUGCUGAAUUGAUGAAGUCUGUUGGUUUGAAGACUGGUAUUGAAGGAAAGAGAGUUGUUGUUCAAGGUUUGGGUAACGUUGGUUAUCACGCUGCUAAGUUCUUUGAAGAAAAUGGUGCUAUCAUUGUUGGUAUUGGUGAAAGAGAUGGUGCUGUUUAUGAUCCAAAUGGUUUGGAUGUUACUGAUGUCAAGACUUAUGUUCAAGCUAAGAAGACUAUUUUGGGUUAUCCAAGAUGUAAGAAGGUUUUGGAAAAUGCUCAACAAAUCUUGGAAGCUGAUUGUGACAUUUUGGUCCCAGCUGCUUUGGAAGGUCAAAUUACUUUGAAGAAUGCCAGCAAGAUUCAAGCUAAGAUUAUUGCUGAAGGUGCUAACGGUCCAACUACUCCAGGUGCCUCUGAAAUUUUGGAAAAGCAAGGUGUUAUCAUCAUUCCAGACUUGUUCUGUAAUGCUGGUGGUGUCACUGUUUCUUACUUCGAAUGGUUGAAGAAUUUGGGUCACGUUCAAUUCGGUCGUUUGACAAAGAAGGCUGAAGAAAAAGGCAAGAGAGAAAUGGUUCGUCACUUGCAAUUAUUGACUGGUCGUGAAUUGAAGGAAUCUGAAUAUCAAACUUUGACUCACGGUUCAUCAGAAAGAGACUUUGUCUACUCUGGUUUGGAAGGUACUGUUCAUGAAGCUUGGGAAAAUAUUAUCAAGAUUUCUCGUGAAAAGAAUGUCAACCUCAGAACUGCUGCUUACGUCAGUGCUAUUGAUAAGAUUACCCUCUCUUACAAUGAACUCGGUAUCUGGCCUUAAAUUUCUAUUAUAAUCUAAGAGUAAAAAAUUUUGGUAAAUGUAUUGGAAUUGAACUUUCUUCUCAAAA